CCUGCCCUCAGAACCAGACCACAAGAUCAACAAGGGCAAAUCCCUCAACAGCAACCUGUUAUCCUUUAACGAAGGAGAGUCCUUCCUCGAAAAGGUUGAACAGUUUGCAGGUGUCCACUCCAAGGGAUCCAUCACAUCUUCAUCAUUCGACACUCUUUGGAUUUAAACCUUUGCUCCACUCAAUCAUGGCUGCUUCAGUCUUGUCCAACCUUGGGCUUAUCCGCUAUCCGAAUGUCCUACUUCUGACGUUGACUGGUUUGAGCCUUAGCAGCCCCAUCAGGUCUCUUGAGGACCACCACAGGGGUGACAACCCGCUACUUGAUGCACAGGACUUUCUGAGCCACUUUCUGUCCACAAUGAACCUGACGGAGCUGAGGCCCCAGCCCAGGCCUCCCGCUGCCCGUAAGGAGCCACCGGAGUACAUGCUGGAGCUGUACAACCGCUUCGCCCACGACCACACCGCUGUGCCCUCGGCCAGCAUUGUGCGCAGCUUCAAGAACGAAGAUCUGUCCCCGAGCAGUUUGACAGCCAGGGGUGUGCGGAUACACCCGCUGCUGUUCAACAUCUCAAUGCGCCACCAUGAGCACAUAACAAUAGCCGAGCUUCGCCUUUUCACCCUGGUCUGGAGGGCCCGGAGAUCGUAUGCUGGCACCAACUGCAAGGUGACCAUCUACAAAAUACACGAGGGCGUUGUUUGGACCAAAGAGGCGGGGAAAGCGGGGAGAAGGAGGGAUAAAGAGGAGGUGGUGGAGAUGAAGGACCUGGAGGAACUGGUGACAAAGCAUAUCCAUGCCAAAGAUAACAGCUGGGUGUCAUUUGACCUGACUCAUGUGGUCGCACGCUGGCUGAAGUCAGGGUGUGCAACUCACAAACUGGAGGUACACAUAGCAAGCGUGGGGUCAGAGGAGGAAGGGGCCACAGAGGAAGAGGAGGAGGAGGAGGAGGAGGAGGACGGGAGGGUGGUUGAGAUUGAUAUCGACAGGAGCUUGGAGGGGAACCACAACGCAGUGAUGAUUGUGUUCUCAAACGAUCAGAGCAGAGACCACAAACUGGAUAAACAAGAGCUCAACCAGAUGAUUGAACACGAGAAUGACCUUCCUGAAAGCGUGGGCCGGAGCCAGCAGGCUUUGUGGGAGCGCGGUAAUCACCACCAGGACGAGCUGGACAAACAGUCCCUCACGCAGCUGCAGUCCAACCUUAUCUAUGACACGCCUCCCCGAAUCCGUCGCAAUGUUAAGAGCGAGCCAUGCAAGAGGACCCCACUCUUCGUGGAUUUUAAAGACAUUGGCUGGGACUCGUGGAUCAUCCAGCCGCUGGGCUACGAGGCGUACGAGUGCAAUGGCGUGUGCAACCCACCCAUGACCUCCGAGGUCUCGCCCACCAAACACGCCAUAGUGCAGACACUGCUGAGUGUUAAGAGUCCGGAGAGGGCAUCGCGUGCCUGCUGUGUACCCACUAAGCUGGAGCCCAUCUCACUCCUUUAUCAUGAUAACGGGGUGAUCACGUUCAACCACAAGUAUGAGGGGAUGGUGGUGGCGGAGUGCGGCUGUAGAUAGUCCUUACACAGAGAUAGAGACUGUGCACUGAAGGAGCGACAUCAAUGAUCAUCAUCUCACAUCCACCUAUCUGUCCACAGUAUCUAACAUCUCAUACAGUGGUGUGAAAGUUUAGACUUAGUUGUAAAUUAGGGAAGAACACAAAUCUGUGCUACGUGAUGUAAAUUAUUCAUUGUAUAAAGUUACAGUCGGGUCAGAAAGUCUGAGGCCACGAGGAAAAAAUACUUUUCUUUUUGCAUUUGUCUCAAAACUGAAACUAUUUGGUUGCUUACAAAUGAUGGUACCAACUUAAAGGUGCAUUAUGUAGUAAUUGGCAUCCUGUCAAAUUCAUACUCAAACUGUAGCUGCCCUUAGCCGGUUAGCUCAGUUAGCUGCGCAGCUCACGGCUAGCAUGGGAGCUUUGGACCAGAGCAGGACAGGGCUAGCUGGUUAGCACGCAUUCUGUUUUAAAUGUCAUGUCUUGCAUAUUGCACCUUUAGCUAUUUGAGUGAAAUGGUGAGCGGCACGCACUCGACCUGGCACGGACUCCACAAGUUUGUGCGAAACCCGAUGUCUCAUGAUUGACCAAGCUUUUCACGAUGUUACAGAGAGCUUGGUUCCAUACAUAUUCGAUGGAGUUGAGGCCAGUGACUAGAGAAAAAGUCCAUGACAGUCAGGACUCUUGGUCUCGGUCUUCAUCAUUUACAACAAAACAUUUACAUUUGGAAAAAAAAAAGGAUUCUUAAUUGGGGUCUCAGACUUUUUUGUGCCCACUGUAAAUCGGCUAUUAUUAUAUUAUUGUAGAAUACAAAGCUUAUUAAAUCAGUCUGUCGUGAUUUAUAACAAUUAUUUGCAGAUUUUUGUAUGUCAGAAUGUUUCGGGAUACGACCGCAGUUCACUGUAACGGACAGUAACAGGCCCUCUCUGCAAAUAUAUAGCUUCUAUACCCUGCACCACAGUUAGCUCACAGACGACUGAAGAUGAGAAAAGGCAGAAAAUAGAGUGAUUUGUCUGAACAUAAAAGAAAAAGUCUCCUCCACCUGGUUCAGAUGACUGUCUUUAGGGGCUAAGUGUGAGCACUGAUAUCAGUUACAAUAACAGCCUUCUGGAUAUCUAUGAAAUGAUCUAUGUAAGGACAAAAGAUGUACCUUUAGUUUCAAAGCACACAAGCUGACAAAAAGGGAGGUUUGCGCUUCGGGUUAUUUCACCGGCCAACUUUUCAUCACAGAACUUCCUCUGAUCCGUCUACGUUUUGUUCCGGCAGAAAUGACUCAUGAUGCAGACGCUGAGUUGAUCCAAACUGACAUGUUCUUUUAAAAAAAGGGUAGGCCACCAGAUCACAUGAUGAUUUGCACUACUGGUAGUUUGCUGUAUGUUUUUUGUUCAACUAUGAAAAGCCUCUUAAAUCAGCUGUAAGUGAUUCAUAGUCUUGCCAAGAUGGUUUAUGCGUGAGUAUACAUGCCGCAGAUUUGUAAAAACGGCAUAAUUUGUUUCUGUGCCCUGUGGCCCCUCGGAGCCACUGAAAUGAUUUCAAGAAUGUGACAUUUUCCCUCUUAUUUGCUUGCCAAACUUGCAGGAAAUGUAUUUUCGCUGGCUUUUGACCAGGAGAGGAUUUUCACGCUGCCUUGAAGCUCUUCGGGGGCUUCUUGUUUGAUAAAUGUACAAUUUCUCUUACCUAACAUUUCUGUCAACUGCUGUGAAAUCUUUCUUUUACACCACCCGCCAUUCAUAUUCUGCUUUUGGCUCUCGCACAAACAUUAAUCUUAUUAUGGUUGUUAAAAUAAUAAAUAAUAAAUU